AUGAGCUCCUUCGGCUACGACCCCUUCUUCCCCGCCUACAAGCGGCGCUACGCCGAGAGUCCCCGGCUGCACAUCGGCACGGUGCGCAGCAGCAGCGGCGGCGGCGGCGGCUAUGGCUUGUCCCGCUCCACCUACUCCAGCCUCUCGGCGCCGGUCUCCUCCGUGUCGGUGCGCCGGAGCUACGCCGCCUCGUCGGCCUCGGGCUGCCUGCUGCCCUCGGUGGAGAGCUUCGACCUGAGCCAGGUGGCGGCGAUGAGCAGCGACCUCAAGUCCAUCCGCAGCCAGGAGAAGGCGCAGCUGCAGGACCUCAACGACCGCUUCGCCAGCUUCAUCGAGCGGGUGCACGAGCUGGAGCAGCAGAACAAGGUGCUGGAGGCCGAGCUGCUGGUGCUGCGGCAGAAGCACGCCGAGCCCUCCCGCUUCCGCGCCCUCUACGAGCAGGAGAUCCGCGAGCUGCGCCUGGCGGCCGAGGAGGCCAGCGGCGAGAAGCAGGCGCUGCAGGGCGAGCGGGAGAGCCUGGAGGAGACGCUGCGCGGGCUGCAGGCGCGCUAUGAGGAGGAGAUCCUGAGCCGGGAGGACGCCGAGGGCCGGCUGCUGGAGAUGCGCAAAGGGGCGGACGAGUCGGCGCUGGCCCGGGCCGAGCUGGAGAAGCGCAUCGACAGCCUGCUGGACGAGCUGGCCUUCCUCAAGAAGGUGCACGAGGAGGAGCUGGCCGAGCUGCAGGCGCAGAUCCAGUACGCGCACCUCUCGGUGGAGAUGGAAGUGUCGGCCAAGCCGGACCUCUCGGCCGCGCUGCGCGACAUCCGGGCGCAGUACGAGAAGCUGGCGGCGCGCAACAUGCAGAACGCCGAGGAGUGGUUCCGCAGCCGCUUCACCGUGCUCACCGAGAGCGCCGCCAAGAACACCGACGCCGUGCGCGCCGCCAAGGACGAGAUCUCCGAGAGCCGCCGGCUGCUCAAGGCCAAGACGCUGGAGAUCGAGGCCACCCGCGGCAUGAACGAGGCGAUGGAGAGGCAACUGCAGGAGCUGGAGGAGAAGCAGAACGCCGAUAUCGCCGCCAUGCAGGACACAAUUAAUAAAUUAGAAAAUGAACUGAGAACCACAAAGAGUGAGAUGGCCCGUUAUUUGAAAGAAUAUCAAGAUCUUCUCAAUGUGAAAAUGGCUCUGGAUAUUGAAAUUGCAGCAUACAGAAAAUUGCUGGAAGGUGAGGAGACACGGCUUAGUUUCACUGGUGUUGGAAGCAUAACCAGUGGCUACACUCAGAGUGCCCCAGUCUUUGGCAGGUCUGCCUACAGCGGUUUACAGAGCAGCUCCUAUUUGAUGUCAGCCCGUUCCUUCCCUGCUUACUACUCCAGUCACGUUCAGGAAGAACAGAUAGAAGUAGAGGAGACUAUUGAGGCAGCAAAAAUGGAAGUGGCCAAAGCAGCACCCCCUUCAGAAGAAGGUGAGGAGGAGGAGAAGGAGGAGGCUGAGGAAGAGGAGGGAGGAGAAGAAGCUGAAGAAGAGGAAGAAGCAGAAUCAAGACCCUGGCUCAGCAGCUGCUACAUGCAAGAUGUGGAAUGCUUUAUUGCUGCUCAAUUUUUAAAGGUGCCAAGGAGGAAUCUGAGGAAGCCAAAGAGGGUGAGGAGGAGGAAGGAGGAGAAGAGGAAGAAGGAGAAGAAGGGGAGGAAUCCCAAGAGGCUGCUGAGGAAGCUGAAGAUGGGGAGAAGAAGGAAGAGGCAGCAGGAGAGGAAGAGAAAAAAGAGAAGAAGAAGGAUUGAUUUAGACUGUGUGUCGGUUUCCCAAUCAGGUCACAAAACAAUCCAUAAAUUUACUGAGCUAAAAAUGUCACACCAUGUAUUUAAUUCAGAGACAAUUUAGGUUUAAAGUUAAAGUUCUAUGGUGUUUUUUCUCUAUGCACAGUAUCAGUAUGCUUGCAGAGUAUCCAUUGGCUUGCUUCCAGAAUAUGCAUGGUGUUUACUUAUCAGUUCAGGAGCUAUGUUCAAUUUGGAUGAUUCAAAACCUUAAAAUUAAAAUAAAAUUGUCACUUGGGAGACAAAAUAUGUUUAAACUAAAUUCAAAAUAGCUAUGGAAACCUUGAGUGGUAAAGUAAUGAAGGCUUCAAUAAAGUAUGUGCAAUAAAGCUAGACAAUAAAGUUAAA